AUGAGAGGUUUAAGGCGGUGGCUGCCAUUCUGCGGCGGCGGCGGCGGCUGCUGCUGCGGUGAAGGCGCCGGCAGGGGAGGGGGCGUGACGGACGGACUGGUGUGGGACGUGGCCCUCAAGGCGCACGCGUCCGGUGACUACUCCAUCGCCGUGGCGCAGGCGAACGAGUCGCUCGAGGACCAGGCGCAGGUGCUCGCGGCCCCGGCCGCCACGCUCGUCGGCGUCUUCGACGGGCACGGCGGGCCCGAGGCCGCGCGGUUCGUCAACAGGCGCCUCUUCUCCCAUAUCCAAGGCUUUGCGGCUGAGAACGGGGGCCUGUCGGCGGAGGUGCUCCAGAAGGCAUUCGGCGCGACGGAGGAGGAGUUCAUAGGCCUGGUGCAGAAGUCGUGGCCGUCGCAGCCGAGGAUCGUGUCCGUGGGCUCCUGCUGCCUGGUGGGCGCCAUCGAGGGCGGGACGCUGUACGUGGCCAACCUCGGCGACUCGCGCGCCGUGCUGGGCCGCGGCGGCGGCAAAGGGAACAAGCGGGUGGUGGCGGAGCGGCUGUCGCAGGACCACAACGUCGCCGACGAGGACGUGCGGCGCGAGGUGGCCGAGAUGCACCCGGACGAGCCGCACAUCGUGCUCAACAGCCACGGUGUGUGGCGGAUCAAGGGGAUCAUCCAGGUGUCGCGGUCCAUCGGCGACGUGUACCUCAAGAAGCCCGACAUCUGCAGGAACAACCCGGCGCUGCAGCAGUCCCUCUGCCCAUUCCCGCUGCGCCGCCCCGUGAUGAGCGCCGUGCCGUCCAUCACCACGCGGGAGCUGCGCCCCGGCGACCGGUUCCUCAUCUUCGCGUCGGACGGGCUGUGGGAGCAGCUCAGCGACGAGGCCGCGGUGGGCGUCGUGGCGGCCAGCCCGAGGAAGGGCGUGGCCAUGCGCCUGGUGCGGGCCGCCCAGCUGGAGGCGGCGCGGAAGAAGGAGGUCAAGUACGACAAGAUCCGGACCAUCGAGAAGGGCCAGCGCCGGCACUUCCACGACGACAUCACCGUCGUCGUGCUCUUCCUCGACAAGUGCAGGGGCGCCGCCAGGUCCGGCCCCGAGGACAUCGACGGUACCUAUGCGCCGCUGGACGUGUUCUCCUACAGCCCCGCCGGCGAUCACGAGGACCCGACCAAGCCCGUCCUGCGUCGUUGA